CCGGCUUUGGCAUGCUCUGGCUGGGGUCCAACGUGGAGGACAUGAUGGAAAAGAUUGGCAAGGCCGAGGGCCCUACCGUCUGGUCCUUCAUGCUCUGGUGGUUCUUCCUGGUGCUCAUGUGCGCGACGCAAGAUAUCGCCGUCGACGGCUGGGCGCUCACGCUGCUGACUCCAGGAAACGUGUCGUAUGCUUCGACGGCGCAGACUGUGGGCCUCACGGCGGGCCACUUCAUGUCCUACACCGUCUUCCUUGCCCUCAACGCCUCCGACUUUGCCAACAAAUGGUUUCGAAAUACGCCUUCCGACGAUGGCCUCGUCUCGCUCGGCGGCUAUCUCACCUUUUGGGGGUGGGUUUACAUCAUCGUCACGAUUGGACUGGGCCUGCUCAAGCGCGAAGAGAAGUCGCAGAACGAGGACGGCGUUUGGGACGUUUACCGCAUCAUGUGGGGAAUCCUCAAGCUGCGAAACGUCCAGACCAUCAUUAUCGUGCACCUGAUUGCCAAGAUUGGGUUCCAGGCCAACGACGGCGUCACGAACCUCAAGCUCCUCGACAAGGGCUUUGGCAAGGACAACAUGGCUCUCACAGUCCUCAUUGAUUUCCCCUUUGAGAUUGGCGUCGGAUACUACGCCGGAAUGUGGUCGCAAAAGUACACGCCCAUGCGGUUGUGGUGCUGGGGCUUUGCAGGCCGCCUGUUGGCCGCGCUGAUUGCUCAAGUCACGGUGGCCAUGUUCCCCGCGGAGGGAGUGACGACCUGGUAUUUCCUCGUUGUCAUUGGCGAGCAUGUGUUUUCGACAUUUACAAACACAAUCAUGUUUGUGGCCAUCUCGGCAUUCCAUGCCAAGGUUUCGGAUCCGGUCAUUGGAGGAACAUACAUGACACUCCUUGCAACCGUUUCUAACCUUGGAGGUACAUUCCCCCGAUUCUUCGUCUUGAAGCUCGUAGAUGCCUUUACUGUUGCGACGUGCCAUCCCGGCUCGAAGAGUACGAGCAACCUGAAGGGCCCGCUCGUCACGGAAGCCUUCUCGUGCGCCAUUCAGAGCGAGAAGGAGCGGUGCCUGAACGGCGGCGGAAGCUGCGAGAUGAUCCGAGACGGAUAUUAUACCGUCAACAUCCUCUGCGUCUUGUUCGGCGUCGCGACGUUUGUGUGGUAUAUCAAGCCCAAGGUGCUGCACUUGCAGGGCCUACCACUAAGGGCGUGGAGAUUGCCCGGGGGCGGUAACAAAUAGAGAAGGGCUAGAUGAAAGGGGCCAAUAAAUACUCUAUGACUGUAUGUAUAUAGAUUCGUGCUUUGAUAUCGCUUGCCAUAGUUUUCAUGUAU